GGCAAAAAAUGUAAAAAGUCUGAAUACGUUAUGCACAAAAUACGAGAAAUAACCUUACAAAAGCUACAAAAGUUAACACAAAAACAAGAGAAGAUUGAAGUAAAAUAAAAUUGUGAGUACCAAAUAAUUGUUGGAAAUGGCAGGCGCCCCAACUGAUAUAAUUGAUUUGACGAACGAUUCUUUCACGCUCGCUGACCAUUGCACCCUAGCGAAUGUUGUGAUUGAAUUGGAAGAUUCGAUUAGGGAUUCACCACAAAGAAAUAGAACUAAUAUAGUGCAGAAAAGAAGAAGUUUAAACCUAAGAAACCUAAAUAAGAACCUUGCACGGAAAGAGAAACUCCAAGAAAAUGUAAAAGAAAAUAAUAGAAAUGGAAUUAAUCGAGUACCCAGGUUCGGAGAUUGUCCCAUUUGCUUCGAUGAACUAGGACAAAAUCCGUUGGCUUCAACAAAAUGUGGACAUGUAUUCUGUCUCCAGUGUUUAGAACAGGCAUUGUGUAGAGAGAAAAGGUGUCCAAAAUGCAGAUGUAUGCUUAAAGGAUCUUCAGCUUACCAUCCACUAUUUGUUUAAUUUAAUAUUAUAUUAUUCCAUAUUAGCUAGCAUAUGGUCAAUCUACAAUUUAAUUGAUUUUUAUAAUUUCUUUCUACCGAAUGAAAAAAUGUCAGGAAAGUAGUUUCUGUGAGCAAAGCUGUCACUCUUUACAUAUUACCCACUAUGUAUAGAGCAUUCUGGAGCUACACUGAAGUGCCAAUGCCUAUGUAUUUAAAUAGCCACUUAAUAUAAUAUUCAAUCUGGCUUAUUCCAAAAAUUGUAGUAUGUUUUUGACCUGGGCCUCCACAAUCUUAAUUGAAAGCUAGUCCGAAGUUCAAAGUGAACUGUUGAAUCCUAUUUAUUUCAAAGUCCAUUCUCUGUUUCUGCUUACUGAUUACGAUUAAGGGUUAACCCUUGCAACUUAAGUCAGCCUUAAUUUUGGUAUUAUAUAAUUAGUAAACUCCA